AUGAAUAAGGAAGUGUGUAAAAAGUUCCAGGAUUUAACGACGAAUUUAAAAUAUGAUUCGAAUAAUAACAAUUUAAAAUUUAAAGAUGAUGAUACAUUCAAAGAGUACUGUACUGGUGAAAAAUCUGGUGAGAAUACCGAUAAAAAUUGUGAUAAAAAUACCGAUAAAAUUAAUGCUGGAUGUUUAUUUUUGUUUAAUGAAAUCUUUGGGAAUUCUACCUCGUUUAGUUUUAUUGCAAAAGGAAACACUAAUAUUGUUGAAUACAUUAUGAUAUGGUUAAGUUAUAUGUUAAACUUUAAGAAAAUUGAAGAAAAUGACACUAUAAAGCAUUUUUAUGAAACAUAUAUAACUAAAGAUGAUAGAUAUAUUACGGAUAUAAAUAAUGUUAGUGGUUAUAAGAGCUAUAGGGAUCUUAUAGAUAAAAAACAAAAUUUGAUGAGUAUUUAUGUUAAAGAUAUGUCUAAAUUUUAUUAUGUAUUUACAUUAUUAUGUAUGAUGUAUGGUGAAUUUGAUGAAAAAAACCUAAAUUGCUAUAGCUUUUCGGAAAUAGCUAAUGAUUUUGCUAAAAAAUAUGAUGAACUUAAUGAAGAUUAUAAUGAUGGUAAAGGCAGCCCAUAUAAUCAAUUAUUAUCUACAUUAUCAAAUGAUUAUAAUAAUUUAAAAAAUAAAUGUAAUAAUUUUCCAUCACUUCCAACAUAUUCACGAAGAUUAGUAAUAAAAAGGACACUAAUUCCAAUUGCAUUUAUAUUUGUUACAGUAUCAAUUUUCUUGGGAAUUUCAUAUAAGUAUUCAUUAUUUGGAUUUCGGAAACGAUUUCAAAAGCAAUUUUUAAGAGAAAGAAUAAAAAAUAUAAAGAAGAAAAUGAUCAUUAAUAAAUUAUUCUGA